CACGCAGACACACAGACACACACACGGACACACCUUUAGACGCUGCCCACACUGCACUCUGAGCCCUCAGGAUGGGUUGCUCAAAGCUGCUCUCCUUCCUGAAGAGCCUGUCCCGGGUGAAGCCCCUGGAGCCGGAUGGCGAGAGCUCCAAUUUCAGGCGCUGUUUGACCACGCUGGACCUGGUGGCGCUGGGUGUGGGAAGCACUCUGGGCGCUGGCGUCUACGUGCUCUCAGGCGAGGUGGCGCGCACCGUAUCCGGCCCCAGCAUCAUCAUCUCCUUCUUCAUCGCCGCCGUGGCAUCGGUAUUUGCUGGGCUGUGUUACGCUGAGUUUGGCGCCCGUGUGCCCAAAACGGGUUCUGCGUAUCUGUACAGCUACGUGACUGUGGGUGAAGUGUGGGCCUUUAUUACUGGAUGGAACCUGCUGCUGUCCUACGUCAUAGGUACUUCCAGCGUUGCCCGGGCCUGGAGCGGAACGUUUGAUGACCUCAUCGGGAAAGUCAUCGAUUCUUUUUUGAGGGAAAAGGUAGCCAUGAACUUACCUGGUCUCGCUCCGUACCCAGACUUCUUUUCAGCAGCACUUAUCCUAAUCCUGGCAGGGAUCCUUGCCUUCGGAGUGAAGGAGUCAGCGAUGGUCAACAAGAUCUUCACGGCUGUGAACAUCCUCGUGCUGCUGUUCGUCAUCAUCGCUGGGUUUAUUAAAGGUGACUUAAAGAACUGGCAGAUAACGGAGGAGGACAUCUUCAACACCACCAUAUCCAUAAACCCAAACAGCACCACUGGUAAUUCCAAUUACGGGAUCGGAGGAUUUUUUCCCUUUGGAUUUGAAGGAACGUUGGCCGGGGCUGCGACCUGCUUCUACGCUUUUGUGGGAUUCGAUUGUAUCGCCACUACAGGUGAGGAGGUUCGCAACCCUCAGAAGUCCAUCCCUGUGGGUAUCGUGGCGUCGCUCCUGAUCUGUUUUCUAGCUUACUUUGGUGUUUCGGCUGCUCUCACGCUCAUGAUGCCGUACUACAGGCUGAGCAUCCAGAGUCCUCUCCCUGAUGCCUUCGCAUACGUGGGCUGGGAGCCGGCGAAGUACGCCGUGGCCGUCGGCUCUCUGUGCGCGCUCUCUACGAGUUUGCUGGGCGCGAUGUUCCCGAUGCCACGUGUCCUGUUUGCCAUGGCCCGGGACGGACUUCUCUUUAAAUUCCUGAGUCAAAUCAGCUCCAGGCAGAGUCCCGUCUACGCCACGCUGGCAUCAGGAAUAGUGGCAGCCAUCAUGGCCCUUCUGUUCGAUCUAAAAGCUCUGGUGGACAUGAUGUCUAUCGGCACACUGUUUGCCUACACGCUGGUGGCUAUCUGCAUCCUCUUCCUCAGAUACCAGGGGGAUCCAGACAAGCUGAACAAGGAGGGGAAGUGGAGUUUAAUACGACCGCCAUCUUCACCUACACGCACCAGCACUAAAGUCGUCUCCAUACUGACCAUCAUCAUCAUCAUGUUGAUAGUGGCUCUGAGUGUUAUUCUGACGAAGGGGGUGGAGUCAGGCCUGGUGGGGACGUGGUGGAUGAUUCUGAUCAUCUGCAUACUCGCACUGCUUUUACUCACCGCCAUCAUCAUCAUCUGGAUACAGCCACAGAGCAGCAACAAGGCCUCCUUCAUGGUUCCUCUCGUGCCAGUGCUUCCCAUCCUCAGCACGUUUGUAAAUAUUUAUUUGAUGGUUCAGCUGGGAGGAGAGACAUGGAUCCGUUACGCAGUGUGGAUGGCAAUAGGCAUGCUGAUCUAUUUCUCCUACGGCGUCUGGCACAGCGUCCAGAAGAAACGUGACGAGUCCUGUGAUCACGUCAAGCCGAAAACUCUCUGCGCUGAAACGGAGGAAAAGAAAGACGAUGACGUUUUACCACGACAAACCAAGCUCUAAAGUUUCACCCCAUCUCUUAUUAAUACUGAGCCUUAUAAAUACAGAUAUACAAAGACUUUGGAAGACUAUGUGUGUGUGUGUUUAGCAGGAUGUAUGCAUUAGUACAAUUACUUUUACAAGACAGACCUUAUUUUUAUUGAUUUGAUUACGAAAAUACGGCUUUAUAGACAUAUUAUUAUUUAUUUUAUAGACUAUGUAUUGUACAUGCUAUAUUCUGUGGCAUGAUUUAGUAGUUUAGCUGAUAGAAUACUGACUAAAUGAAUAUCAGGAUUGAUAAUCUUAUCUUAUCUAAAAUGUAAGAAAGUGGCCAAAUUUCAUUCCUUCCUGUUUUUGGUUAUGAUAUUUUGCAUAUGGGAAUAUCUAAACAUUAUCAGUGUUUUUCAUUUGAAGAUGUCAAGCAGAUCAUAAAGCAAAAAAAAAAGAAAACAUAUUUUAGGUUAUAUACUUUUUAGUUCUUUGUGGAAAGCUACCAUUAAAGUUUUUCUUAGGGUAUGAUUUUUUAAGGUCAUGUGUUAUACUACUCUUUUAUUGUAUCUGUAAUAAAAAUG